ACAAAAUGUCUUUAGUAAACGCAAAGAUAAAACCACACUUACUAAUAAACAAAGACAAGAUAUCAUUACAUAUAAAAGUAAACAUCCUAAUAUUAGCAAUGUUGAACUCGUAGACUGGGUAAAGAAAGAAUUUAAACUUGAUGUUCAUCCAAGUACUAUUGGAUGCCUAAUAAAAAAUAAAGAAGAUAUUGAAAAAAAAGCAAAAACUUUUGCUCAAAUGUUAGAAAUACCCAAUUUUAAGUUCUUACAAAGCUGGCUAUACAAGUUUAAAAAAAGACACAAAUUAGGAUGGGUAAAAAAGCAUGAAGAAGAUGUCUCGAUGGAUGAUACUAAAAAAAAAAAAGAUUUAGAGCAGUUAAUCUUAGCACUUUGUGCUAAUGCUGAUGGUACAGAUAAAAUAAAAAUAUUUGUAAUUGGUGUAAAUCGUAAUGGACUUGGUAUUAAAUAUGAUGCAAGUCAUAAAGCAUGGAUAACAACGAUUUUGUUUCAAAAGUGGCUUAAGGAAUUUGACUUGAAGAUGGCUGGCCGUAAGAUAAUUCUUUUAUUAGAUAGUGCAAAAUUACUUGACAAAUAUAAAGCUGAAAAAUAUGAAAAAAUAAAUGUUCUUGAUGCCAUAAGGUUUAUUGCUCGAGCAUGGAGAGAAGUAACACCAGAAACAAUAUGUAACUGUUUUCAAUAUACAGGAAUUUUUCCAGAUACCCAAGAUAAUGAAGAAUCCUUCGAAUAUAUCAAUUACCCAGAAGAAAAGGAUAUAUAUGAAGUAUUGAGCGAUAAAGAAAUUUUGGAUCUGGCCACCAAUCUUGAACCUGAGAAUAAAAGUGCUAAAGAUAAUAACAGUACAGAAAUGCGUCAAAUCAGUCAUCAAGAAGCAUUAAACGCAGUAGAAAUACUUGAACAAUAUAUUGUGCAGAAUGAUUUUAGUGAAAUAAUCCAAGCUAAACAUGACGAAGCUUUAUUAAAAUUGCAAAAAGAAAUAAGGAAGCUUUGA